AUGACUUCCAAUACUAAAGAUCCACCCAAGAAGCAUUUACAACAGGAGUUGAUCAAGACUCUAAAGAGUUUGCAAUUUGCCUGGUUUGUAGGAAACCUACUAGUUUUAUUAAGUGGACUAUUGUUCACCCUUACUUAUUUCAAUGUCAUGGAAUAUACGAAUUUCAUAUGGUAUAUGGUUCUAUUUAUAAGUGUACUUGAAUCAUUUGGUAUUUUGAUGUUUCAAACAAUACAAAGAAAUGGCUUUAAUUUCAAAGCAUUCAUUAAAGAUGAUAAUAUUCAUUAUCUAGUAUUAGGUGCAUCAUUGUUGUCAAUUAGACCAAAUGUUUUACUAACAAUUAUUCCAUAUAUUUUAUUUUCAAGUUUUCAUGUAUUAGCAUACAUAAAUGGAUAUUUGUUGCCAUUAUUUGGGUUCAAUAAAUCAGUAGUAUCUAAACUUAUAAAUGCAUUCAUAAAUCAAAACAAUACAAAAUCAAUUCAAUUAGCCAGUGGAAUUGAAUUGAUAACAUAUUUCUGGAUGAUUCUAAGAUUGAUUACUGCUAGACCAAGAUCAAUUUUCCCCGUGAUUGUAUACACCAUAUUCUUAAAGAUAAGAUAUGAGGUUUCUCCAUUCACAAGAGGAUAUGUUAAAAGUAAAGAGGAGGUGAAGGAGAAGAAGGAAGACAACAAAGAGGGCCCAAAAGAAGAGAAAAAGGAAGAAAAGAAAGAGGAAAAGAAAGAAGAAAAGAAGGAUGAAAAGAAAGCAGAAAAAAAGGAGGAAAAACCAGAAGGGAAAGGUAAGAAGAAAAAGAAGAAGCAAACCAAGUUGUUAAAGGAUGUAAGGAAGAGUAUAGAGUUUAUAGAAGCCCUUAUUAUUGCAGAGAAUCAUCUAGAAAAGAAAAAACUGAAGAAAGGAGAAAAGUCUCACGAUAAAAUGGAAGAAAAAGGAGACAAGAAGGAAGAUAAUAAAGCUGACGAUAAGGAGAAUAAGAAAGAAGCAAAUCCCAAACAAGAUAAACCUGAAGAGAAGAAAGAAGAAAAGAAAGAGGCGAAACCCGAAGAGAAGAAAGCAGACAAACCCGCAGAGAAAAAGGAAGAAAACAAAGAAGAAAGGUCAGAAGAGAAAAAAGAAGAAAAGAAAGAAGAAAGGUCAGAAGAGAAAAAGGAAGAAAAGAAAGAAGCCAACCCCGAAGAAAAGAAGGAAGAAAAGAAGAAAGAGAAAAAGGAGGACGGGCUGGAAACUAAGCUGAAUGAAAAAACUAAGAGCGAACCAAAGAAAGAAAAGAAGUCAGAGAAAUCGAAUGAAUCAAAAGAGGAAACGAAGGAAAAGAAAAAGAAGCAGCCACCACCUCCUAAGAAGAAAAAGUUUAGUCUCCCACCUGUAAUUAAGAAUCAAUAUCGACUGUUAAAAGAAGCAGUUAUCGAGGGCCUAAAUGAAUUCGACUAA